AUGUCGAAAAUCGCUGAAUUUCAAAAGAGCAUUCAAGAAGGAUAUACGUUCAAAGGAGAUUUUAUCACCGUUGGUGGAGCAAUGCUGGAUGGAGAAGCUGUCCAGGAUACACAUAUCAAAAUUCCGUUGAAAACACUGAACCGUCACGGACUGAUUGCCGGGGCCACAGGUACGGGAAAAACGAAAUCGCUUCAGGUAAUCGCUGAACAAUUGUCCAAAAAAGGAAUUCCUUCGUUGUUGAUGGACAUCAAAGGUGACCUGAGUGGAAUUGCAGCUCCGGGAAGCUCCAACGAUUUUAUUGAAAACCGACAUGCGGGAAUUGGACUUCCAUACGAGCCAAUGGGAUUGCCUGUUGAAUUAAUGACGAUGUCCAACAGCGAUGGUGUAAAACUAAAAGCGACCAUCUCUGAAUUCGGGCCAGUGCUCCUUUCGAAGAUUUUAGGAUUGAACGACACUCAAUCGAGUGUUAUUUCCCUGAUUUUCGUUUUCUGCGACAACAAAAAACUUCCGCUCAUCGACCUAAAAGACUUGCGUAAAGUCUUGCAGUACGUCGUGAAUGACGGAAAAGAAGAAAUUGAAGGAGAGUACGGAAAAGUCGCUUCUUCUACGGUGAAUACGAUCAUGCGAAAAGUGAUUGAA